AUGCAGAAAUGGGAACUGUGGGCUGUGGCCUUCCUGGCUCUCCUGCCUGCACAGAUCUUUCCACACACAGACAUCAGUAUCCAUCCAGCACUCUCAGAGGUGCCUCAGAUGUCCCUGCUGUGUCCCCUGUUCUGGACAGAGUUCAAAGGUCACUGCUACAGAUUCUUCCCCAUCAACAAGACUUGGGCUGAGGCCGACCUACACUGCUCUCAGUUUACCAUUGGUAGGAAAUCUGCCAAGCUGGCCUCCAUUCACAGCUGGGAGGAGAACGUCUUUGUGUAUGACCUGGUGAACAGCUGCGCUCCUGACAUCCCGGCUGAUAUCUGGACGGGCCUUCAUGACCAUAGGCAGGAAGGGCAGUUUGAGUGGACUGACGGCUCCCCUUAUGACUACAGUUACUGGGACAGGAGCCAGCCUGGCGAUGGCAUCCAGACAGACCCAGAAGAAGACUGUGUGCAGAUGUGGUACCGGCCCAGUAGCGCUCUGAGGUCCUGGAACGACAGCAGCUGUCACAGGAAGUUCCCCUUUGUCUGCAAGAUCCCAUCACCGAGCGCUCACUGACGCACUCCUGUCCCACCCUCCUGUCAUGAACUCAAGCGGUGACUAG